AUCGUGCUCCGUCUGAUACUUACUCCACCCCAAGGAAAAAUGAACGAGUUCGGCUUUUCGAAACAGUGGGCUCCUCGCCCAGUAAAGCAACACUUGAGGCAGAAGCAAUCUUGGCGCAGUAUAGUCCAGGAACGAAACGGAAUGUAAAAAUGUCCGACUUGAAGAGGUUACAAGAGACUCACGAAGAACGGCGACAAGAGGCUUUGUUAAGGGUGGAGAAGCAGAAAGAAAUGGUCGAAGAACGCCGAAACGGGAUUUUCGAUCGACUUGCGGAGCUUGGUUAUAGUAAGAAGCUCAUUGCAAGGGACGUCUACGAUCAACGAAAGGCCCGUGCGCGAUGGUGGCAAAUCGUAGAAGAACCGGAGGAAUUGUCAGAUGAAGUCUGGGAGAAAAUUCGGGAGGACCUCUGCAUCAUUUUGGAUGUACGAAAGGAAGCUAUGGCCUCCGCUCAAGCUCUUUCUAAGGAACGUGCGAUGAAUUCGUCGUCGCCUUCUCGCCCAAAAUUCCGAUCGAAGAAAACUGGAUGGGUUGCUGGUGCUGAAAGCGACGGUUCCUACCGAUUUGUCGUACCAGUGGAUGAACUCGAUCAGCGUUCGCCUUGAUACUUAUCUAGUAUCACCCCUCGUCCCGUGAGAGAGUUCCUGUACCUGGAUAUUAGUAGCUGUAAUGUUGUGCCGCCAUUGUAUUCUGCUGUAAAACCC